UCUCGAUUUCACCGACAACUCAAUUGGGUGCCACAAUUUUUUUUUUAAAAAUGUGGUUUGCGCUCACAGCUUCCGCGGUACCACUCCAAGCUUACAGUAAUGUUUUGUCUGUAUAUUGCAAAAACAACGAAAAAUAAAAAUGUAGCCCACAUAAAUCAUAAACCUUCCGUUUAUUAUUUGAUGACAAGUUGGUGAUGUCUGGCCUGAGGUGUUCAUAGUUGUUAUUAUUGCUUGGCUUGUGCAUUGCCUUUUUGGAGGUCCUCUGUCGCUGACUUCACACGACGACUUUAUUCACUGCUCAUGGCCAGAAAAAAAACUUCUUUCUCUUCUCAAUCCACAUUCCACUUCUCGUGCCCAUUUUCCAUUUCUCUUUUUUUUCUUGUAAUCCUUGUUGUGGUCACCUUGAAUCUGCCAUUCGAAAACUCCAAUCGCGCGCUUGUCUUUGAACCAAGGCACUGCUGCUAGGGUUAGUUCAUUAUUACUUUGCUACUAUAGAUAUUUAUGGUCCUAUUGGUUUUCAUCAGCGCGGAGAUGCAAACUCAAAAAAUAAUGAGGGGCAAAUCCAAGGAACCCUGCCAAAAUUUUAUUGUGUUCGAUUCGGUCGCAG